UGGUAUACAAAUUGAUCAAUUUAUAUUUUUCAAAUUGAAAUCAGUAAAUAUAAUCUAAAUCAAUGUUUAACCUUUAAGGGGCCCUAACGGUGUUUGGACGUUAGAAAAGCAGGGAAAAAAACCAAGUAUCAAUAUUUCGUUUAAUGAAGCAAUUCCCACCAAAACCCACAUGGCCAUUAAGCAUUUGUUGGACAAUAAUAUUAUUCAUUACGUAAUAAGUCAAAAUAUAGAUGGACUUCAUUUAAGGAGUGGUGUUUCCAGAAAAGAUAUUGCUGAAUUACAUGGAAAUAUGUUCAUUGGUCAGUGUAACAUUUGUGAAAGCCAAUUCGUUAGACCAGAAGCUACCUCAACUGUUGGCAAGAAAUACCUAAACGAAGAUUGUAAAAGAUCUUCUAUGCUACGAGGACGUACUUGUAGAGGUAAACUAUGCGAUACAAUUCUAGAUUGGGAGGACAGUUUACCGGAAUAUGAUUUGGAAAUGUCCGAUUAUCAUUCCAGUCUAGCUGACUUAAAUAUUUGUUUGGGUACCACACUUCAGAUAGUUCCUAGUGGUAAUCUACCUCUUCGAUGUAAAAAAUAUGGCGGAAAAGUAGCUAUAGUGAAUCUUCAACCCACCAAACAUGAUAAAAAGGUAGAUUUAAUCAUCAAUAGCUAUGUAGAUGACGUCAUAUCAAGAAUAAUGAAAAAACUAGGUCUCGAAAUUCCAAAUUAUUCUACCGAAGUGGAUCCCACCAAAAACCAAUUACCAUAUUCUGUGAUUGAGUGGAAUAUUUUAAAAUCUAAUAUCGAUGAGUUUAGAAAUAAAUAUGAAGUGAUGGUGGGAGAAUACAAAAAACUGAAAAUAGAAGAAAACAUUUUAAAUAAUUCAAAGAAACUGGCAAAGACUGUGAACCAAAGAAAAGAAAAAAAUAUUAGAAAAAACCGAUCAAGAAAAAAGCAAUCUUCUAAAAUUGUAAAGGUGAAAGCAGAACUUAAUUUGGUGAAUCAAUCCAGUACAAUUGAUGUGGCUAAAUUAGUUGAUAGGAAAAAUACAUAUUUAGCAUAAUGCAUUUGUUAACUAUUGAUUUAUAUAUUGAUUUUUUAUUAGUUAGAAAUGAUUAUUCGCAGAUUUCUCUUUCCUCAUUGUACAAUUGAUGAUUAUUAUUGUUUAAUAUUUUGGAAAUAGGUUGUACGUUGCAGAUCUGUGAUCCAAAGUUGCAGGUAGCCUCGUUGGCUGUAGGUUUAAAUUAAUACAUAAUUACGAUUUUCUGAAAUUAUUUCUUUGUGGCAUCUAAGAUUUUUCCAAAUGUCUGGAGAAUCAUACGCAAAUUGUUUGUAAUUUGUUCAUUUAAAUAUAUAUAUACGUUCCAUACCGAAACAUUCAUAUUUUAAUAUAGUUGUUAAUGGAGUUAAAACAGCUUGUAGAUUCACUUUAUUAAUACCACACAUUACAUCAAAUCCAACAGGAUAGUAAUCUUAUCUUUACCUACCUGCCACCUUGAAGAACAAUCCGAUCUUUUCCUUUAAUAACAUACACGACCUAAAAGCCUGAAAACUAGGAUGUAUCUUUAUGAGAUAUAUUGUAUUAUAUACAGUGGGCGAUCAAAUUUUAUUAUGAUCAGUAACAAAAGUUGUAAGUUUUUCAAAUUUGUUCAAAAAUUUUAUAAUAAAAUUAUAUGCUGCUAUACG